AUGACUCAAGAAGUUAAUAAUAAAUCAAAUAAUGUAAAACGUGAAUUAGAAACUCAAAAUGCCGAUACUUUUAUCGAUAGAGAGCCAGACUCUAAAAAAAUUCGCCUUCAAGGAAACCAAAAUCGUAAUAACUCAAGUGAUCUAUACUUGGAUACUAUAAAUCGACACAUGUUGGAUUUUGAUUUUGAAAAAGUAUGUUCAGUAUCUUUGUCAAAUCUAAAUGUUUAUGCUUGUUUAGUAUGUGGCAAGUAUUUUCAAGGACGAGGUCGUAAUUCACAUGCUUAUUUUCAUAGUUUACAUGAAGAUCACCAUGUUUUUAUUAAUUUACAUACACUCAAAGUUAUUAAAGAUUCAUCAUUAGAUGAUAUCAAGUAUGUUUUACAUCCGACAUUUACAAAAGAACAGGUUGCACAAUUGGAUCAAAAUACUAAACAUUCAUAUGAUUUAAAUAAUAAAAAAUAUUUACCUGGUUUUGUCGGAUUGAAUAAUGUAAAAGCCAAUGAUUAUGUUAAUGUAAUAAUACAAGCAUUGGCACAUAUUCCCCCACUUAGAGAUUACUUUAUGUUACAAAACUUUGAAAAUAAAUCUCAACUAGUUCAAAGAUUUAGUACACUUGUCAAAAAAAUAUGGAAUCCAAGAGCAUUUAAAGGACAAGUUAGUCCUCAUGAAUUAUUACAAGAAAUAUCAAAUGCAAGUAAUAAACGGUUCAAACUUGCAGAACAAGCAGAUCCUCUUGAUUUUCUAUCUUGGUUUCUUAAUACAUUGCAUAAAGAUUUAUGUGGUACCAAGAAAUCAGAUUCAAGUAUAAUAUAUAAAAUAUUUCAAGGAGAAGUAAAGGUAGAAUCUCAAUCCAUAAUUACAAAAGAUAAUACUGAUGAAAAGGAUCGUCAAUUGUUUGAUGUUGAUAGAGGUUGCAUUAUCAACAAUACUUCAAAAGAAUCAGCAGGUGCUUUAAAAAGAUUCCAAUUGAUUAGUUUACCCAACUACUUAAUUUUCCAUAUUAAACGUUUCACAAAAAAUAAUUGGGAUCUUGAGAAAAAUCCCACGAUUGUAAACUUUCCGAUUAAAAACAUUGAUAUGAAAGAUCUUCUCGAAAAUCCAGAAUCAGAAAUGUUGGACACGCAUUAUGAUUUAAUAGCAAAUAUAUGUCAUGAAGGUAAAGCAGGUAAAAGUAAUGGAAUUUAUAAAGUACAUGUUCAACAUCGUGGUAAAGAACAAUGGUACCAAAUUCAAGAUUUGAUUGUGGAAGAGAUCAAUGCACAAAUGAUUUUUUUGUCUGAAAGUUAUAUUCAGAGUAGUUUGUAA